CACCGGGCCGGAAGGGGCCCUGGAACGCGCUAGGAGGCGGGUAGAUUUCUUUCACAAGUGUAUUAUGCCGCAAUCGGUGCCCCGCCACUAGCUGCCGUCAUCUGGGCAGAUGUUAGUUUCCAAAACUUCUUCGACAGUCAUAGCCAAGUCUCGCCAUCCAUUUACUCUUCGCAGCCCAUAGCAAUUGUUGGAAGAGUUGCGACCAUGGCGCCUCCUCUUCUCGCCGCAAUUGACCUGCUCACCUACGCUCAGCCCACCCAGGGUCUCAGCCCCCAGCAACUGUCCUACAUUGGCAACGUCUUUGCCCGUGUCACCCCCGAGACCGUCGACCAGGCCCUCGCACACCUCCAGCAGUCCGUCGGCCGCUACACAAACUACCUCGGCGUCUCCUCGCUCGAAUCCAUCGACGACAUCGUCUCGCUGCUCGACGCCGGCGCCGCGAAGGUCUUCGUGACGCGCCCGCAGCUCUCCCAGCUCCUCGAGAAAAACAUCGACCAGGACCGGAUAGUCCUGUGUCUGCCCGGAAGCACACGCGAAGAAAACAUCGAAGCGAUAGCGGGGACCCAGGUCGAUGUCUACUCGCACCAGAUCGCGGAUGUUGAGCUGGUAGAGGCGUGGCUGAAGGAGUACGGGACGGAGAGGCCCGAGGUCUUCGUAUCUUUCGCGAACCCAACACUGGAGGAUGCGGUGAAGAUAGCCAAGAUGGGCGGCAUCCCCGUCAUACCCGCGCAGGCGCUCAAAGUAGACGCCGAGCCAGGGCCAGGCCUGCUGAGCGUCGCAAAGCUGCUUAUGGCAAACGCAACCAGCGACCGGCCGGAUGGACUGUUCACUACACUGGUGACUGAUGAGCGGGGCGUUGCGCUCGGGCUCGUAUACAGCAGUGAAGAGAGUGUUGCAAAGAGUCUCGAGACUGGGAGGGGUGUAUAUCAGAGCCGGAAGAGGGGCUUGUGGUACAAGGGAGAGUCGAGCGGCGAUGUCCAAGAGCUGGUUUCUAUGUCGCUUGACUGCGACAGCGACUGCCUGCAGUUUGUGGUCAGGCAAAAGGGCAGAGGUUUCUGCCAUCUCGCAACACCGACCUGCUUCGGCGAGUAUCGCGGGCUCUCCAAGCUCCAAAAGACCCUCCAGAGCCGCAAGGAGUCUGCACCGGCAGGCUCGUACACCGCACGGCUGUUCAACGAUUCCCAGCUAUUGCGCGCAAAGAUCCUUGAGGAGGCUACCGAGCUGUGCGAUGCGAACACCAAGGAAGAGAUCGCUUUCGAAGCGGCUGAUCUGUUGUACUUUGCCUUGACCAAGUGCGUGUCAGCUGGUGUAUCACUGGAGGACGUUGAGCGGAAUCUGGACGCAAAGAGCAUCAAGGUGAAGAGGAGGCAAGGUGAUGCUAAGCCUGCAUUUGCCGCCCAAGCAGCGGCAGCGACCAAUGGCACAUCAAGCGGAACCGCGGCCAAGGAGGAAGUCAAGGAGGCAGCAUCCGUACCAAAGAACAAAGACGACCCAGCAGGCGUGAUAAACGGCCGGAUAGCCAUGAGGCGGAUAAUCACCUCGCAAGAAACACCCGAAAAGAUACAGGCUGCUCUUCAACGCCCCUCCCAGAAAUCGAGCGAGAAAAUCAUCGGUAUAUGCCAACCCAUCAUAGAGGCGGUCAAGACGCGAGGCGACGCCGCUGUAUUGGAGUACACACACAAGUUCGAAAAGGCAACAUCACUCACAUCACCUGUAUUGAAGGCGCCAUUCCCGGAACACCUCAUGCAGCUCGCGCCUGAAACUGCGAGCGCCAUUGACGUCUCGUUCGAGAACAUCCGAAAGUUCCACGCCGCCCAAAAGGAAGAGAAACCUCUGGUUGUUGAGACCAUGCCGGGAGUAGUCUGCUCACGCUUCUCACGCCCUAUCGAGCGCGUCGGUCUCUACGUUCCUGGUGGCACUGCAGUCCUACCCUCCUCUGCGCUCAUGCUCGGGGUUCCCGCCUUGGUUGCUGGCUGCAAGAAGAUCGUCCUUGCAACACCACCGCGUGCAGAUGGCUCGGUAACACCCGAAAUUGUCUACGCCGCACACAAGGUCGGUGCCGAAGCUAUCGUCCUUGCAGGUGGCGCACAAGCUGUCGCAGCCAUGGCCUACGGUACUGAGAGUAUCUCCAAGGUCGACAAGAUCUUGGGACCCGGUAACCAGUUUGUCACUGCCGCGAAGAUGAUUGUAUCCAACGACACCAACGCCGGCGUCAGCAUGGACAUGCCCGCUGGGCCAAGCGAAGUCCUCGUGGUUGCAGAUGCGACCGCAAACCCUAAGUUCGUCGCUUCAGACCUGCUCAGUCAGGCCGAGCACGGCGUCGAUUCGCAGGUUAUCUGCAUCGCUGUGGGUCUUAAUGAGCAGCAACUUGCUGCUAUCGAGGACGAGCUCCACGAGCAGGCUAACGCUUUACCACGCGUGGAUAUUGUCAGAGGCGCAAUUGAGCACAGCCUCACUUUGGUAGUAGAGAGCAUUCAGGAAGCGAUGGAAUUGAGCAACGAGUACGCGCCCGAACAUCUCAUCUUGCAGGUUCAGGACGCGGAAAGGGUUGUGGAUCUGGUCGAGAACGCUGGCUCCGUCUUCGUCGGACAGUGGACGCCCGAGUCCGUGGGUGACUACUCGGCGGGCGUGAACCACUCUCUGCCAACUUUCGGCUAUGCGAAGCAAUACUCCGGCGUCAACCUCGGCUCCUAUAUCAAGCACAUCACCAGCGCGAACCUCACCUAUGAAGGCCUGCAAAAUGUGGGUACCGCGGUAAUGGAACUUGCUCGCGUCGAACAACUAGAAGCGCAUCGCCGGGCCGUCAGCUUGCGGUUGGGUGUUACAUAGAUUUUCCUUCCAUACGCUCGCAAAUGAAUAAAUUUCUUAACCAUC